AGAGGGAGAGUGGGUCCAUUUGGCUGUAGUGGAUCUAACAGGCUAACAGCUCCUUUGACAGACUGACAUCCUGGCCCAGGUUUGAGACGCAUUGGUGAGAAAGCAAGAGACCAUGAUGGGAAAAAUGAGACCUCUGCUCUUCCUUGUUUCUGCCCUCUGGGGGACAGUUUAUGCCAUCUCUGUGCAAACGCCCACCAAGGUCCUGCGGGCAGCCCGAGGGCAGAGCGCCACGCUCCCGUGCUUGUACGAGACCACUGCCACCACAAGAAGCGGAUUCAUCCAAUGGGAUAAGCCUCUGCUGAACCCUCCGGAUCAAGUAGUCGUGUGGUCUUUCUCCUUAAACCAGUACACCUUUGGGAAGUAUUACACAGAUCGAGUCAACCUGACUGGCAACUAUCUGGAUAAUGAUGCUUCCAUCACCAUCAGUCAGCUGAAAAUGGACGACAAUGGGACCUACGAAUGCUUACUGAUGCUCGAUGAAGAUUUAACUGGAAACCGCCAAUCAAGGAUGGAGCUCUUCGUCCUGGUUCCACCCUCCAAACCAAAGUGCAGCGUUGAAGGGGAAACUACAUACGGGAACAACAUCCAGCUAAAAUGCCAGUCCGAGGAGGGAUCCCCAGCCCCCCAGUACAGCUGGAAGAGCUUUGACAUCCAGAACAAAGAACGACCAUUGCCAUCACCAGCCACAGGAAUGUCUUUGCCUCUGAAAAACAUUUCCGAUGCUACUUCUGGAUAUUACAUCUGCACCUCCGCCAAUGAGAUGGGGACUGAGUUUUGCAAUAUCACCGUUGCUGUCAGACCUCCUUCCAUGAACAUUGCCCUGUAUGCUGGGAUUGCCGGCGGUGUAGUGGCUGCUCUCAUCAUCAUUGGAAUUAUCGUGUACUGUUGCUGCUGCAAGGACGAGAAGGAAAAAGACAGCAAGAGGCCGAAUCGAGAGAAUUAUCAGGAACCUCCAAAGCAGAUGAAAGAAAUACACAGAAGCCAUGACACUGAAGAAGACAAGUGGAGUUCUGGGGAGACUGAAGCUGCCUAAUUUUCUGUAUGGAUGAGGGGAAGAAGAGGAGAAAAGAGCAAAAAGAGCAUAACUUUUUUCUUUUAUUAAA